AUGAAUCUAAUGGUGUUGCUCUUACUAAAUACCGCUAUCAUUACCCUGGCUGCACCUGCUGGAUUUAAUAUGGCACAACGGGCAUCUAUUGCCGGGUCCUCUGUCAUGAUGACGCAGGGGACUUACCCGGAUUCUUCCUCUAAGGGAAGCAGUCGUAAUUUUAUGGAUCUUUCAUCGGGUACGCCAGAGUCUGGAUGCACAACUUCUGUACCUGCGGCCGCCACGGGAUCGAUGACCAGCACAGUAACUGCGCCGACGGAGACAUUGGUGACGGCACCUAUAGCAAGCAAUGAGUUACCCAAUACCCCCACGCCCAGUAUCGGCGACACCUCUGUGAACUUAUAUAUGGUCGGGCUAAUCAUAUUGGUUUCUCUUGCGGUAAUGGAACUCAUGAUUAUCGGCGUGCUUGGCUGUUCUAUGGCCAGAUGUUUAAGACGAAUAUCAGAAAUUCAAAAUCCUUUACAGUGGGCCGGGAAACCGCAGUCCUAUUACAGCCCAACGCUGCAUACUGGCUCGUUCAAAAGUCCAAUAAUGUAA